CGCGUGCAGUGGAGGGAGACAGAAAGGAGUGGAAGUUGCGCCUCUCGCUUGCUGGUUCCAGUUAAGUAGCUGAAGAAAUCUGGAAUUAUGGAUCACGCCAGGAAAGCAAUAUUUAACAUGUUCGGAGCGGAGCCCCUCUCCUAUACUCGCUUCAGUUUGGCCCGACAGCCGGACGGGGACAGCAGCCGUGUGGAAAUGAAACUCUCGGCCGAGGAAGAGGAGGCAGGGGAGAACGGCAUGAUCGACCAUCUGCCCCCCAGGAAAGCCAAAUCCAGAAGGCAUCGGCACCUGUGCUGCGUGUGUGGCGGGGUGGCCCUCCUGUUUCUAAUAGGAUUUUUGUUUGGCUACAUAAGUUUCCGUGCCCGGAUGCCACCAGUGCCAGAGUGUAGCAAUGGCGCAGCAGCAUCGAAAGUCUUCACUCCAUCUGAAUACUCUGAAGGCAACAAUCCCGCGUCCGAUCCAGUGCUCUAUUGGGGAGACCUGAAGAAAUUACUGGCCGAUCGGCUAGGCAAGGCCAAGUUCGAAGAGACAAUCCGGAAUGUGUCCUCCAAAAGCCACGAAGCCGGCAGUGUACGGGAUGAGGUUCUGGCCUAUGACAUCCACAAGCAGUUUGUGUCUUACAACUUGGAUAAAGUCUGGGACGAUGAGCAUUAUGUCCGUCUCCAAACCAGGUCUUUAAAUGUAGUUUCUUUGGAAAACACUGAAAACGCUGGAAACAGAAUUCUGGAGAGUCCCAGUGUUUUCGUAGCCUACGGUGAAAACGGCCAGGUUUCGGGCGGAGACUCCUACCCCUACCCCUAUUUCGGCACAGCGAAGGACAAUCCCAGCAACCUGCUCAUGGCCUUUAGCGACAGCGCCCCCCUGAUGGAAAAGGCAUUCCAGUUGGCCGCCGAAAUAGCCGGCCGGAUGGCCCUCAGGUUGACUCACGAUCAUGAGCUCUACCUGGAUUAUAAUAGCUACAACAGCCGGCUGCAAAAUUUCAUCAUGCGCCUGCUCCCUUACCAGAAGGAAAUGAAGAAACGGGGCUUGGAUAUCACGGGUCUCUUUCAGGCCCGCGGAGAUUUUACUCGGGCAACCACCGCGCUGACCCAGGAUGUGAAAAACACCGACCUCACCAACAGGGAUGCGUCCCGUCUCCUGAAUGACCGGCUGAUGAAAGUGGAGUACCAGUUCCUCUCCCCCUACGUCUCUCCCAGGGAGACCCCCUUCCGCCACAUCCUCCUGGGCUCCGGCUCCCACACCACCCAGGCCCUGCUGGAGCACGUCUUCCUGCUCCGGAGCAACGCCAGCGCCUUUGACGAAGACCUCUUCAAGAACCAGCUGGCGCUCAUGACGUGGACCAUCCAAGGAGCAGCCAACGCCCUGGCUGGCGACGUUUGGGACAUCAAUAACGAGCUCUGAAAAAAAAAACCCUGAUCCACCCCCCCCCCCCCCCCACCCCUCCAAAAAAAACCCCUUCACCCCCAUCCUCUUCCACCACCACCCCAAACCCGUUGCCCAGUUACACACCUUCCCUUUAGCUUUUCAGCUGGAUUUUUAGAGGGUCCCAAAGUCGAGGAGGAGAAGGAGGGAUUCAAAUCUUGGGAGAGAUUUUUAGGUGCGGAUCGAUGUCCCGGCCUGAUGUGGCUAACAAGGCCCCCCGCAUCCCCGUAGCAAUCGGAAGGAAUUCCGUUUUCCGGAGUAAGCGAAACCCCCUGGCUGGACAGAAAAGUCCCCUAAGCCGACCGCGUUCCGGUCGGCAUUGAAACUCUUCCCGCCGAGCAAAAAGGCUUAAAUUGGCGGUCGCCUGCUUGGGGAGGCGGGGACCAAGUUCGAAUCUCCUCCCACGCAUAUUGGCAUCAGCCCUGGAACGUGGAGCCCUUCUACCUUAACUCUGUCCGGUUCCCCUCGGGCCACUUACUCCGGGGAAUGAGGUGAAUGGGGAUUGAGGUCCGGCGGGCACGAUUUGGGAAAUUUAGGCAACGGGGAGCCCUUUUUCGGGGCCAGCCGGGUUUGCCUUUGGUCUUCUUGCUUUGUGGCCAACCGGGAAACCACGCGAGCCUUUCCGUCGGUCCCACUAGGGAUGGAGGGCGCAUUCCCGCGGCCUCCUUGGUCCUGAAGAUAUAUUUAUUAGUUAUUUAUUUAUCAGUGACAGUGUUCACUAUAAAUGCUAUUUGUGUUCUACCGAAUAUAAUUAUCGGAAGCAGUGACUUCCAUAAUUAUGACAGUUAUACUGUCGUUGUUUUGAUAUUAAGUAAUAAAAGCAGCAUCUGCUAACCAUGAGGAGAACUGGAGAUUUUGGGCUUGGGGAGGCCCUGAAGCCUUCACUGGCCUGGAGGAAUGGCAGCGAAUAACUUCGAGGAGGGCGAAAACCAAAAAAAACUCCCCGAGGUUUUAGAAACGGAGGCGAGGCGGGGGGAAGAGUGAAUUUCCCUCCACCGCGGCGUUUCGAGAGAGGGUCCGCAGUCGCUGCCGUUUUCUGGGGUUGCGCGGUGGGAUGGCAGGAAACACCCUGGCCUCCUUCUGGAUGCGCCAGGAUUUGAGCCGCCGUGCCCAGCUGUAAAUCCCGACCGUGUUUUGGA